GAGCAUAAUAAUACUAAUACUUACGUCGAGUUCACCUAUCCAACGCUGCUUGACAGCUAUGAAAAUCGCCACACUACCCAACCUUGCUUCUUCUCUGAUUUCUUUCCACUUCCUGAGAAAAUAUCAAGAAGUAUGCCUCCCAAAAAGGAUUCGAAGGGGUCCUCCAAACAACCCCAGAAGACCCAGAAGAAGAAGGAAGGAGGGUCUGGAGGCAAAGCCAAAAAGAAGAAGUGGUCCAAAGGAAAAACCCGUGAUAAGUUGAACAAUCAUGUCUUGUUCGAUAACAGCACAUACGAGAAAUUGUACAAGGAAGUUCCAUUGUACAAGCUGAUCACUCCAUCGAUCAUUAGCGACCGAUUGAAGAUUCGUGGCUCCCUGGCAAGGCGAGCGCUCAUCGAAUUGGAGAAGAAAGGACUAAUUAAACAAAUUGUGCAACAUCACGCACAAUUGAUUUAUACUCGUUCCACUAAAGUUGAUGAGUAAAAUUGCAAUGUGUCCUUUAAAAUAAGUGAAAAUAAAAUUAAAGUUCUACAAAUUUA